AUGUUAACAACAGCACUAAUAUGCAGCACUGCUUCUCUACUUGCUUUUAUUCUUGGUUUAAAUCAUAACAAGCUAAAAUCAAAAUUUGGGUGGCUUUAUAAAGCAAUUUACUACUCAUCUUGGCCUUUGUCUUUAUUUUAUCUUUACAAAUGCAAACUUAUGCCAGCAAAUUAUUCAAUAGCGUAUGUCUGUUCAGCAAUUGGGUGGAAUAUUAUAGGAAGAACGCUACAAAUGAUAGGGUUAACUGGAGGGGUAGGAAGCGGAAAAAGUGCAGUGACUUCAAUAGUAAAAUCGUCAUUUUCUAGAGAAAUUGCUAUAAUUGACUGUGAUUUGGUUUCUAGAGAAGUUGUAAUUCCAGGCAGACGGGCUUAUAAAAAUAUCGUCAAAGCUUUUGGAUCCAAAAUUCUAGAUUCGGAAGGAUGUAUUGAUAGAAAAAUUUUAGGUGCAAUUGUAUUCGCUAAUAAAGCUCAAAGGAAUAAGUUAGACCAGAUUAUUCAGCCUGCUAUUUUUUUAGAGAUCUUUAAAAAGCUUAUCUAUUACAAAAUAAAAGGAUACUCGUAUGUAAUCAUAGAUGCUCCAAUUCUUUUUGAGACAAAAAUUUUACCAUGGUUUUGCUUUCCGAUAAUAACAGUGUAUGUUUCUGAUGAAGAAAUACAAAUAAAGAGAGUAAUGGGCAGAGACAAAAUAACUAGAGAAGAAGCUAUACAAAAAAUCCAAUGCCAAUGGCCAAUUGAGCUUAAGAUAAGAAAAAGCAACAUCUCGAUUGAUAAUAUUGGCACUUUCGAAGACUUGGAACUAAAAAUACGAUCAAUCUUUAGAAGUUUAAUUCUAUCCGCUUAA